AACAAGAUUUCAAGGUCUCACUUCNGCGCGGGACCUGGGGCUCAGCGCGGACGAGCUGCCGGCGCGCAAGCUGCAGGUGGCGUCAGGCGGUAAGAAGCAGCUGAAAUACUUCACGGUGAAUGAGGAGAACGGGAACCUGUACGUGAACGAGAGGCUGGACCGGGAGGAGAUGUGCGGCGAGUCGGCGACCUGCUCCGUCAGCUUCGAGGCGCUGGUGCACAACCCACUGAACGUUUUUCAUGUGGAGGUGUCCAUUGAGGACGUGAAUGACAAUUCCCCGGUCUUCAGGAAGGCUGUUCUGGACCUCGAGAUUGGUGAAUGGACUCUUCCCGGUGCUCGCUUUCCUUUGGAGACGGCACGAGACGCUGAUGUGGGAAAAAAUUCGCUGCUAACUUACCAUAUCACCAGCAACCCGUCCUUCUCUCUAGCCUUAAAAGAGAACCCCGACCAAAGCAAGCAGCCAGAAUUGGUUCUAGACAGAACGCUGGACCGGGAGAAGCAGAGCUCUUUUGAUCUAGUGCUGCUGGCGGUCGACGGCGGGGAGCCCGCGAGGUCUGGGACUCUCCAGAUUCAGGUCAACGUGACAGACGCCAACGACAACCCGCCCGUGUUCAGCAAAAGCCUCUACGAAGCGCGAGUGUCAGAGAAUUUGCCAGCGGGGUCAGUGGUACUGCAGGUUCAGGCGACGGAUGCAGAUGCGGGCACCAACGGGCGGGUUUCCUACUCCUUUGGCAACGUCCCUGACGCUAUCAGUGCAUUGUUUGCUGUCGACAGGGAAAGUGGGGAGGUCAGCACGGUGGGUACCCUCGAUUUCGAGGAGAAGAGUAAAUACAUAUUAAGCCUGGAGGCGAGGGAUGGCGGGGGUUUGGUAUCACACAGCAAGGUACAAAUAGACAUCAUAGACGAGAACGACAACGCGCCCGAGAUCACCAUUCUGUCGCUAUCGAGCCCCGUGCCCGAGGACGUGCCGGCCGGUACUGUGGUGGCCGUGCUGAACGUAAACGACCCUGAUUCGGGCGAUAACGGUCAGGUGUCGUGCGAGCU